CAUCUAUACAAGUUCAAGGAUGCUCAAAUUCGCGGUCAGCGGGCAAAUACACGUGCAGGCAUUAUCAUCAAGAACGUCGAAAUCAACGUAUCCGUGGCUGCUGAGCGCUAUCACAGAGCCUGGAACACAUUAAGUGCUCUUGCACCUUCCCUAGCCAGGGACGCAUGGACGACAGAGCUGCCAAAGUUAGAGGAAGGGGACAUCCGAGGGAUGGGAGACAGCGCAUUUGGAGAGUCGAGCGGGAACUGCAUAUUGUCGUGGAUAUGGAAAGCACGAGGUGUAGCUACUGCAUGGAUGGAGGGUGAGGCAGUUCUCUCAGAAGGUGACUUUGCAUGUAGAUCGAGGGCCCGUGCCAACCAGUGGGUCGAAGAAGUGGAACUCCUGCUUGAAGAGAUGCAGCGUGUCAGUGCUUUUCUUGCAUGGCAUGCUGUGUGGUGGGACGAGCAGGCCACACGAAGGGUAGGCCUAGAUGAUGCUUCAUUGGAAGGCAUCCGAGGCUAUGCCAAAUGCCAAGCGGCCCAGCGCAGGUCUAUG